GGCAUCCCUAUUCAGUACCUGGUUUUGAAAGACAUAGACGAGAUUGUCGCCUUGGUGGAAGGGGAUACGAAACCGUUGGAGGAAGAGGAGGAGUACGAAGAGGAGUACGAAGAUGAAGAGUAUGCGGAACAAGAGAUCGAGGAUGAUCAAGUGGUGGAAUCCAUCAUCAGAGACCGGAAAAACCAACUCUCCUUCGAAAACAUCCAGACUUUGACGGAGGAAUCCUUUGGCUCCAUGCUCACAAAGGCCAAACCCAUUGCAGUGCUUUUUUAUGCCAGCUGGGAUGCUGUUUCCCUGGUUGUAAUGCAGACCUACGUUGAGGUGGCAGCUCAGCUGAAAGCGAGAGAGGCCUUCGUUGAAGCUGCCAAAGUGCUGGAAGGAACCGUCAUCAUUGGGAUCUACUAUGAAGAAGAUGCUGCCACUCU